AUGAAGGUCCGCAAGCAGGCCAUGACCGCGAACGAGCAGAGCACGUUCGACGAGAUGUUCAACCUCAUCUUCACCGCUGCCACCGAGACCGGCGUCGGACACGGCAAGGGCAAGGCCGGCACCCCCUCGCACCAGAUACAGAUGGAGGCGCUCGGCAUCGGUCGCUCCGGCGCGUUCGGCGGUACGCAGAGCAUCGUCGGCCUGUACGACAACCUGCGCGGGCGGGCGAAGAACGUGGCGUGGACGUCUGACGCGGACGAGGCGCUGGAUAGGAAGAAGGAGGAGAUGGAGCUGUGCGACACGGAUCAGCAGCUGCUCGAGUGGGCGAUGCAGGAGGUGUUUGGCGAAUCGCAGCGCUACGAAGCCGCCGCGCGCGAGGCGAUUGCGAAGGCCAAGGCAGACCCGGACCGCGCGGGCAGCGUGGAGAUGCCGCCGCUGCAACCUCCUGCAUACUCCCACCUGCUCGCGGAGCUGAUGCGCACGUUCAGGGACAAGUACCGCGACCCGCACCUGGCGCUGAGUAUGUUCGACCAUGCGAGGCAUCUGUCGAUUCCGUCCUAUGUGUUCGGGUGCACCACCCCGGCGUAUAACGAGUUGAUUAGGACGCGGUGGGCGUGCUUUCGGGACCUACGGGGCGUGUUGGAGGCGCUGGAAGAGAUGCGGGUGAACGGCGUCGAGCCGGACGGGACGACGAGGUCGAUCGUGGAAAACCUUAGGCGGGAGGUCGGCGAGCGCAACCUGUGGGAGGAGCACGGUCAGGAUGGCGAGAAGGGGCUCGUGGCGACGACCGGGAGCGACGCGGUGUGGGAGAUGCUGGAACGGAUCGAGAAGUUGAGCGUGAAGAGGGUGUCGAAGCGGCAGAGAAUGAAGGAUGCAUUGGCGAAGAGCGGGGACCAGCACGAGUCAGUGGCGAGAGGGAAGAAGAAGUGGACGAACAACCAGGAGUGGAAGCAGAAGGCGUUGCAAGGGCGGCAGGAGGACGACGGCUAUGAGUUCGGUAGUUGGGAGGAGAAUGACAGGCUCAGGUUCGCCUGA